AUGUUAAGGGUACAUCAGAGGAUUCACACUGAUGAAAGGCCCCAUGAAUGUGCAACAUGUGGAAAGGAAUUCAGACAAGCACAACAUUUAAAAAAACACCAGAUGAGUCACACUGGUGAAAAGCCUUAUGAGUGUGAAACAUGUGGGAAGGCAUUUACACAAAGGUGCCAUCUUCAGAGGCACCAUCGGACAAUCCAUACUGGAGAAAAGCCACAUCAGUGUGCCACAUGUGGAAAGGAAUACACACGAGCACAACAUUUAAGGAGACACCAGAUAACUCAUGCUGGUGAAAAGCCUUAUGAAUGUGCAACAUGUGGAAUGGCUUUUACACUAAUCUCAAAUCUCAGACAGCAUCAGACAAUCCAUACUGGAGAAAAGCCCCAUGCGUGUGCCACAUGUGGAAAGGCCUUUGCAAAAAAAUCUCAUUUAAUUGUACACAUGAGGACUCAUACUGGGGAAAAGCCUUACCUGUGUGUUACAUGUGGACAGACCUUUGCAAAUUCACAUCAUUUAAUCGCGCACAAGAGGACUCAUACUGGUGAAAAGCUUUACCCUUGUACCACAUGUGGCAAGGCUUUUGCACAAGGAAGUUAUUUAAAAAUACACCAGAGGAUUCAUACUGGUGAAAAGCCUUACCAGUGUGUAACAUGUGGAAUGGCUUUUACCGACAAAUCUAGUUUCAACAGGCAUCAGAAAAUAUGCCAUAACAGUCUAUCCUGA